UGCACUGAAUCAAUGCUGUUGUAGUUCAAACGGGAUCAGAAGCAGCUUGAGUAUGAGGAGCAAUACCUUGCUUUUUGGGGUUUUAUUACUCCUGAAUGGUGUGUUUGGUGUUGAAGCAGAUGAAGUGUCCGUAUCAGUGAUGGUGGGAGAUUCAGUCACUCUACACACUGAUGUUACUGAAGUACCGAGGGAUAGUAACAUAAUAUGGAAGUUUGGUGAUGAAAUCUUAGCUAGAAUGAAUGAAGCAGAUGGAAAUCCCUCCACAUAUGAUGGCCCUGGUGCAAUAUUUAAAGACAGACUGAAGCUGGACAAACAGACUGGAUCUCUGACCAUCACAAACAUCAGAACUGAACACAUUGGACGUUAUAGUGUAGACAUCAGGAGCAUAUAUGCAACACCGAAGACAUUUCGAGUUACUGUUCAUGGUGUGUUUAGUGCUGACGGGGUGAAGCAAAUGUCAGAGAGGAAUGGAGAUACUGUCACUCUACAGACUCGCAUUACUGAUAUAACAGGAGACGAUGUGAUCGAGUGGACGUUCGGACCCCAAAACACUUCUGUAGUAAAAACUGACAGAGAAAAUCGAGGAAUAAUAUAUAAUGAACAUGAUGUGAGAUUUACAAACAGACUGCAACUGGAUAUUAAAACUGGAAAUCUCAAAAUCAGCAACAUCAAGACUGAAGUUGCAGGAGUUUAUCACAUAAAGAUCAUCAAAAGCACGUAUGCCGUACAGAAAAGCUUCAGUAUUACUGUCAGUGGUGAGUACUUCAAGUCUUUCAAAAGGAAACUUUUUUCAACUUUUCCUGAAGUGUUUGUUGCAGAGACAAAUGUAUCAGUGAUGGAGGGAGAUUCUGCCACUCUAAAGACUGAUGAUAAACAGAGAUAUGACAAGAUAGAGUGGAGGUUUGGAGAGGAGCGAAUCGCCGGAAUCAAGGGAGUGAAUGGUACAUAUUAUGAUGAGGUUUGGAGAUUCAGAGGCCGACUGCAGCUGGAUCACACCGGCUCUCUUACCAUUAGAAACACCACAACUGAACACACUGGAGUUUAUCGUCUGAAUAUGAAAAUUGGAAAUGCAGAGAUAGCCAAAAGUUACAGAGUUACUGUAUAUGCUCCUCUGCCCAUUCCAGUAAUCUUCAUUUACACCUUACAAUCUUCUUUAUCAUCUGAAAGAUCAUCGAGGAUCUUCCUGUGUUCAGUGGUGAAUGUGAGUCAUGUGACUCUCUCCUGGUACAAAGGAAACUGUUUAUUGUCCAGCAUCAGUGAGUCUGAUCUCAACAUCAGUCUCUCUCUACCUCUGGAGGUGGAAUAUCAAGAUAAAAACAUCUACAGUUGUGUAGUGAACAAUCCCAUCAGAAACCAGACCAGACAUCUCACCAACACUGAACUCUACUGGUUAGGUUCAGUUACGUGAUUUUAAAGUUUUUUCAUCAUAGCGGUUUUUACUGACAUGAUCUGAUCUGGAUUUAUUUUCUUUCGUCAGACUCUGUCCACUGUUGUGGCACUGCUGAAGCUGUGAUCCGAUUGGUCGUCUCUGCUCUGAUGGGCGUGGCUGCCAUGGCUGCCAUUGUUGUUCUGGUUUAUGACAUCAAAUCCAGAACAGAAGAGAAGAAAACAAAAAUCUAAUUAAGACAACGAUCAGACAAAAUUUGAUGAUAAGACAAAAUCUGAUGUCCAUAAGGAUAAGAACAUGAAAUAUUGCAGUCUACUUCCUGUCUACACUUUCUGUUGUUGGAAUAAUAGAUCUAAGCUAUAAGGAUAUAAAGAUAGCCCUGCAUUUGGUUGCAGAAAAUGUAGGUGAAGCAUGUAAUCAGCAUUUUAACAAAUGAAACAUAUAGCAUCAUGAACUACA